CUAGAAGUGUCGCGUACGCUCUCUUCCCUUUUAAUUAUCUUCUGCCGCUACGCUGUCUCUAAGGAAACUCCGAUACUCACGCUUCCUCUGCUUCUCUUUCUAUUUUCUAGGGUUUUACUUCUUUCCCUUUCCAGGAAACUAUGAGUCGUCAUCCUGAGGUGAAGUGGGCCCAGAGAGAGGACAAGGUUUAUUUGACUGUUUCACUACCUGAUGCAAAAGAGGUCAAGGUUAAUCUCGACCCAAGUGGAGUCUUUACCUUCUCUGCCACUGCUGGUGCAGACAACAACCUGUAUGAACUGAACUUGGAACUCUUUGAUAAGGUCAAUGUGGAGGAAAGCAAAAUCAACAUUGGAGUGAGGAAUAUAUUCUGCGUGUUGGAGAAGGCGGAGAAGGCAUGGUGGAAGAAACUAUUGCGUGGAGAUGGAAAGCUACCCCAUUACGUCAAAGUAGAUUGGGAUAAAUGGGUUGAUGAUGAUGAUGAUAAUAGUGCUCCUAAUGGUGUUGGUGACUUGGACUUGGGCGGUAUGGAUUUCUCGAAUUUUGCUAACAUGGGAGGUAUGGGUGGCAUGGGCGGCUUGGGUGGUAUGGGCGGCUUGGGUGGUAUGGGCGGCUUGGGUGAUGAUGCCAUGGGUGAGGACUUCGAUGAUAGUGAUGAUGAAGAGCAAGAAGUGGCGAAGCCAAAUGAGAAACCUGCUGAUACAAGUGAAGGUGGUUCUUCACAAGAGAAAAAGGAAGCCGCACCGAGCACAUAAAACUUCGUGUUGGUUUAAAAAGUACUUAUGAGGUCAACCAUGGCAUUGUUGCCGUGGGAUGAUUUUUUUCGUUUUCUGUGACGGGAUGUGUAUUCUAACCGUUUGAGGUUUGAUAUUUGCCAUAUUUUGUGGAUCAUCCAUGUAAUCCCUGGUUUAAUAGACUCGUAAUAGUUGGGAUAAUGUUAUUUGUAGGGCUUGGCUUAAUGAUGGUGGAUGCACUUUCUGGUUGGCAGUGAUUUUUUACUCAUAUAAUAUGCUUAAGCCUCUCUGGUUUCUUGUUUA